AUAGUUGGUUUUGAAAUUAGAGAUGUUGCCGCAGUCCUUUCCAUGCAAAAUAAAAAUAAAUAGACUCUCAUGCAACUGGAGAUAAUUGUAAUGAUAUUUUUCCAAAAGGUGCUAUUUUUAUGUGCAAACUUUUUUAAAAAUCGCGUGCACUUUUGUCUGCUUUUUGGGGCCACUGUAUGACUGAGGAAAGCUCAAUGCCACGUUUGCCACUGUUGGUGCAAAUGACACUCAACACAACAGCGUGACCUUCAGCGCGUGAGAAGCUCUAGCGCCGCUGCACGUUUUGACCCUUUCGGCUUGCCAUACCGGCUGCACGCCUAGCACUGCAUGCAAACCAAUGAAAAUGCAGGAAUUGUCUGUUUUCCCCGAAAGCGUGUGCCAUUUUUCCGCUCCGUGCAUGCAUCGCUCUCCCCGAGCAGCUGGUUGUGUUGUGCAUGUAUUAGGAGCCGGAUUGCACACAUGCAUGGCCGUCAUCCGGGUUGCAUUCGCGCAGCAGACGCCAGAGAGGGAGAGAGAGCCGCUAACAUCACGGCAGAUCAAAGGUGAAGCCAGGACAGAGAGAAAAGAGCAUGGCGUCCGCGUACGGUUCUAGGACCCUGAGUAAAGAUGAUGUGAACUACAGGAUGCAUUUCCGCAUGAUCAACGAGCAGCAGGUGGAGGAUAUCACCAUCGACUUCUUCUACAAGCCUCACACCAUCACCCUGCUCACAUGCACCGUGCUCAGCCUCAUGUACUUCGCGUUUACGCGAGAUGAUGGAAACCCUGACAAUAACCUUUGGGUGGGUCUCAUCCUGGUCAUCUCCUUCUUCUUGGUCAUCAGCGUUCUCGCCUUCCCCAACGGUCCGUUCACAAGACCCCAUCCAGCAAUAUGGCGUAUAGUGUUCGGGUUGAGUGUGCUGUACUUCCUCUUCCUGGUUUUUAUCAUCUUCCUGAACUGGGAGCAGGUCAAGUCUCUCAUGUUCUGGCUGGAUCCCAAUCUGCGCUACGCCAAACGGGAAGCCGACGUCAUGGAGUAUGCCGUCAACUGUCAUGUGAUCACCUGGGAGCGAAUCCUCAGCCACUUCGACAUCUUUGCCUUCAGUCAUUUCUGGGGUUGGGGAAUGAAGGCUCUGCUGAUCCGCAGCUAUGGACUGUGCUGGACCAUCAGCAUCACCUGGGAGCUGACCGAGCUGUUCUUCAUGCAUCUUCUUCCUAAUUUCGCGGAGUGCUGGUGGGAUCAGGUCAUCCUGGAUAUUCUGCUGUGUAACGGCGGAGGGAUCUGGCUGGGGAUGACCGUCUGCCGCUUUCUGGAGAUGCGCACGUAUCACUGGGCCAGCAUCAAAGACAUCCACAGCACCACGGGGAAGAUCAAGCGCGCCGCUCUGCAGUUCACGCCAGCCAGCUGGACAUACGUGCGCUGGCUCGACCCGAAGUCCUCCCUUCAGAGAGUGAUGGGAGUCUAUCUGUUCAUGAUCAUAUGGCAGCUGACGGAGCUGAACACAUUCUUCCUGAAGCACAUCUUCGUGUUCCCAGCAUGCCACGCUCUCAGCUGGUGCCGGAUCCUGUUCAUCGGGAUCAUCACUGCUCCUACUGUACGGCAGUAUUACGCGUAUCUGACGGACACACAGUGCAAGCGGGUCGGGACUCAGUGCUGGGUGUUCGGAGCGAUCGCUUUCCUGGAGGCCUUGGCGUGCAUUAAAUUCGGACAAGACUUGUUUUCCAAGAUGCAGAUUCUGUAUGUGAUUCUGUGGCUCUUGUGUUUGGCUUUCAUCACGUUCCUGUGUCUGUAUGGGAUGGUCUGGUUUGCUGAGAACUACGGGCCCCGACAGAAGAGCUUCUCGGAGUGUGAGGACAGUAUUUACACGGAGCCGGGCGACGCUGAGUCUGAAUACACAGGGGAUUUUGAGACGGACAGCACAACUUCCUCUUCCACCAGGAAACGGAGGGACUCUGGAAAUAACAGAAGCAUCAACGGCGUGGAGAAAUAAGGCCGUCUCUGAAAGGCUUUUCGACGGGAACUUUUGCACAGGUGUCGCUCCUGUUAGCGGAGGGAACAUCGGAUGACUGUGAUGAUGAUGAUGAUGAUGAUGAUUAUGAUGAUGAAGGGUUAAAUGGCGCUGCAAGACCCUUUGAAAAGGCAAUACUGUGUGUCCGGUGUUUAGUUAGCGAGCUCACUUUACCUACAGAGACCGGUUAACCAGGUUAGAUCCCAAGCAGUGCUGUGCGUCAUGGUGUUUUCAGUCGCAUGCGUGACUCGUAUCAGUGCUGGAUUUGAUGUCACAGCUGUAUUUUACUGUAUGCAGCAGAUUUCAGAGUAUGUAAUUCAUUAUCAUAAUGCGUUUACAAAUUAUCACAAGUCAACAUGAUAUCAGAAUUUACCCUUUUUACCUUCUUGAAACACGUUCUUAUUGUGCAUUUUGCUGGUGCAUGUUCUUUUAAAUAAUUUUCUUUUAUUGAUAAUCGGCCAUAAAAAUGUAAAUGUAGAGUUUGGGCUUUUUUAUGUUUUUGAAAGAAGUCUCUUCUGCUCACCAAGGCUGCAUUUAUUUGAUAAAAAAUACAGUAAAAAAAUUGAAAUAUUAUUGUAAUUUAAAAUAACUGUUCUCUAUGUGAAUAUCUGUUAAACUAAUAUAUUUUUGUGAUCAAAACUGAAUUUUCAGCAUCAUUACUGCAGUCUUCAGUGUCACAUGAUCCUUCAGAAAUCAUUCGAAUAUGCUGAUUUGCUGCUCAAGAAACAUUUCUGAUUAUUAUCAAUGCUGAAAACAUUUAUAUUUUUGUGGAAACCGUGAUACGUUUUAUUUUUCGUGAUUCACAGAUGAAUAGAAAGUUCAAAAGAGCAGCAUUUAUUUGAAACGGAAAUCUUUUGUAACGUUAUAAAUGUCUUUACUGGCACUUUUGAUCAAUUUAAUGCAUCCUUGAUGAAUAAAAGUAUUUCUUUCUUACAAAUGAAAUCUUACUGAGCCCAAACAUCUGAAUGCUAAUGCACAUCAGAUUAUGACGGUAAAAUGGUUUGCGAGUGGCAUCUCAUGUUGACUUUAGCGAGGACUGUUGCUGUGUUUUGGCCAGUGUUCGAUCAGACUGACUUCAUCUGUUCAGGAGUUGAAUGUUUCCAGGUUAAGCUGCUUUAAAGGAAUCAUGUUAGAGAUGAAUGCAGGUUCAUCGGCCUGAAUCUCACCGAAAGCACAUGGUUUUUAGCACUUUCAGAGUUUGAUGCUGUACUUGAUGCGCAGGAUGUUUUAUCGUGAGAUGUUUGUUUCUAGUGCAUCUCUGCUUCUCCAGUGAUGUUCGACAGCUGCUGCCGUCACUGCAUUUCUCAUGGAAGCUUAUUUCAGCCACGGAAUAAAAAUUCAAGUACUUCUGAACUUUUAAUCUCACAAUUCUGACUUUUUUUUUUUUUUCUCACAAUUCCGAGUUUGCAUCUUUGUAAUUCUGGCUUUUAUUUUUUAGAAUUAAGAGAUGCAUUCAGUUCUGAGAAGUAAAAUCUUAUUGCAAGUUUACAACCGACAAAUGUGAGACAAACUUGCAAAUGCAAGAAAGUCAGAAUUGUGAGAAAGAUGUCAGAAAUGUGAGAUAUAAAGUCACAAUUGCCUUUUUUUCCUUUUUUAUUCUUUGGAGAAAACAAGCUUGUCAAAAUAAAAUUGAAAAAAGGCACAUUUCUGACUUUUUCCUUAUUUUUUUGUCUCACAUUUCUGACUUUUUGUCACCAUUCUGAUUUUUUUCUAAUCUCAUGUAUGACAAUUUUAAAGUAAAACUUAAAUUGAAUUACAUAAAAAAAAAUCUAAAUUGCAUUUAUCUUUUAAAUCUGAAUUUUAACCCCCUCACAUUUCUAAUUUUCUUCUCACAAUUUGAUUUAUCUCACAUUUCUGACUCACAAUUCAGAUUUAGUUUAUUCUCACCUUUCACUUAUUUUAUCAAAUAUGAGUUGUUUUUUUCUUGCAAUUCAAAUUCUCACAUUUGACUCUUCUUUCAAUUUAGAUUUUUCUAUCUCACAUUUAUGCAUGCCAUCUCAUUUCUUGCAUUUGCACAGUUCAAAAUGUAAUUGUAUACAUACAGAAAUGCAGUUUAUGUACAGUGCAGAGAAAGGCAAAAAAGAAACCAUAAACAUUACAUUUUCACAAAUUAUAAUGUAGGAUUAUUAUUCAUGAAAAAAGUCAGACUUGUGAGAUUUUUAUUGUUUUGUUCCUCGGUGGAAAUAAGCUUCUGUAGUGUUUAGUUUUGCAUGUUUGCUAGAAUCAUCAUUUAAUCACAUUAAUAUGAUCCUGAUCAUCACACCCUUACAGCAGUAUUCAAGCCUUCACAGACUUCUGUGUCCCUUUAACACAGAUAUCGUGUGCCUGCAUGCAUGUUUCAAUAACUAUCACCUGUUACUUGUUUGUGUGUGUUGUGCAUUAGUGUUUUUCCUGCGUGGCUGACGUAUGUUUGUGCUGGUCUUGUUUUAAUUGCAGUAUCCUCAGACUGAAAUGUUUUGCACUCACUGUUUCCUCAGUUCUCACAGUUAUCUGCUCGUCUGUUAACUAGGCUGUCGGUGGUUUAUUACUCACACUAACGCGGCUGUUAUGUGUUGGUUGAUAUAUCACUAGUGUUUAUAACCAAACACCUUCUCCUGUGAAUGAAUUCUGUUCCUGUAUUAAUGUGACGAUCUGCAGAUGGUCCGAGCGUCACGUGAAGCUUCAUAUCCAUUUGCCAAACUCUUGUGUUGUGUGUCUGUUUGGCCAUCAUGAAACCUUUCAAUGCCUUUUUGUCCUAAUUUUUGCAUUUCACGUAAAUUGUAAACGAUUCAGUGUCUUUCAGUGAUAUUAAACGACCAGUUUUCAGUGAAGAAUGGCACAGCGUGACUGAACUUUGCAGCUUUUCAAUAUAUGACGUUUGUUUGUGUUUGUUUGCUCACAGUUUACAUGCAACUACUUGGGAUGUAACUGAAUUUUGUGAUUAAAUUUCAUGUUUCUUGUGAUUUUA